UCCAGAUGUACAAAGCCUGCUGAGACGUAAAAUAAACCAAUCAAACUCACUUCCUUCUCUCUCUCACACACACACACACACACAGAGUGAGACACUUCAACAGACGGAGGCUGGAUGCUUUGACAGCAGGGACACGGCAGCUCUUUAUUUUGAGAACUCAGAGGAGUAAACACACAAUGAAAUGUCAAGUAGUUUUGACUGCCUGUUUGCUGCUGCUUUGGACACUGACAGCAUCGGUCAGUUGUCAAAAAGGAUCGGGACUAGGGAUAACAGUGAAAGCUGUCUCUGAUGGUAUUCAGGUGUCCUGUAGUGAAGGUUAUAAUAUUACAUCAGACACUGUUAAUGAUAAAUCCUUGGUUUUGCCAUACAAAGAUGAGAGCACAGGAGAAUACAAAUGUUCGCCUGUUGUGGGCACUGACGACACUAGUGAAAUGCCACCAGCAAUCUAUGUGAAAUUUCGGACCUGUGACAACUGCAUAAACCUCGACUCGCCUUCGAUAGCUGGAAUAGUUGUAGGAAACGUGGUGGCAACGACUGUGAUAGGAGUGGCUGUCUAUCUCAUUGCGUCUCAGACUCGGAGUGGUCCAACCAUCUCUCACAAGAAAAGCUCUGAUAGACAGCAUCUUGUUCCAAACGAAGUGAGCAACAGAGCCCCAAACGACCAUUACCAGCCUCUGAGACACGGUCAAAAAGACAUGUAUGAUGUGCUGACCAACAGAAAAUAGGACGUGGCCCCUCUGCCUGGGACCCCAGCCUCCAGGCUGAAAACAUACUCUCCAUGUGUCCUUGCAACUCAAACAUCUGCAGGAGAGAAAAGUCUGUUAUCUGUUCCCAGGGUCAUCAUCAUUUGAUCAUCAUCACUUUCUAUGUGUAGCUUGGUGAUCAUCCCUAAUGUAAUUUGCUCUGUAUUUUACUGUUUUAGCUUAGGACCAUGCCUGUAAGAUGUUGCUCUUAAUAGACCACUCACAUAAUGAGUGACUUUUUAACCUGUUGCUGUAUGUCAUAGUUCAUUGUUUAUCAGCUGUAGUCGCAUUUUAAUCGACCAGUGUGGUAUAUUUCAUUCAUUAUCUAUGUUUUUUCUUCCCAUACUGUAAGUAGGGCUGCUACAACAGCCACUUAAUAUAAUGAUUUAAAAAUGAAGAAUGAAAAACAAAAUGGACAUUAUCAUGAUGCAAAAUUAAACAUUGAGGAAUAAAAA